AAAUCAUAAUCUAUUCAAAUCUACUCAUGGCCUCGGAGUUUUGGGAUGUAAGUAAACUGACCCAAUAAACCCAACCGGGUUUCUACCCGAAUGGCCGUCCCCUCCCAUUGCUGCCUUGCUUCACAACAAGAAGGGGUUACAAAAAGCAGCAUAAGAAGAAGAAUUGCAAAAACAACAAAUUGCAGCAGAAUUUCUUCUUUCUCCAAUCCCAAAGCUUUUCGUUUAGCUUAACUAUAAUAGCAGAUCUUUUAAGCUUUUAGUUAUCCAAUCGACAAUGUUUCUCACCAGGACUGAGUACGAUAGAGGUGUCAACACCUUCUCGCCAGAAGGUCGAUUGUUUCAGGUUGAAUAUGCCAUUGAGGCUAUCAAGCUUGGUUCGACGGCAAUUGGGUUAAAAACUAAGGAAGGAAUUGUGCUUGCAGUUGAAAAGCGAAUUACAUCACCACUUCUGGAGCCUAGCAGUGUGGAAAAAAUUAUGGAAAUUGAUGAGCAUAUUGGGUGUGCAAUGAGUGGAUUAAUAGCUGAUGCCCGAACACUCGUUGAACAUGCACGAGUUGAAACUCAGAAUCAUAGGUUCUCAUACGGUGAGCCCAUGACUGUCGAGUCUACAACACAAGCCCUGUGUGAUCUAGCCCUGAGAUUUGGUGAGGGGGAUGAAGAAUCUAUGUCCCGACCUUUUGGGGUCUCUCUUCUUAUUGCUGGCCAUGAUGAGAACGGUCCCAGCUUAUACUAUACAGACCCAUCUGGCACAUUCUGGCAAUGCAAUGCGAAAGCUAUUGGUUCGGGUUCUGAGGGUGCUGACAGCUCUUUGCAGGAGCAAUAUAACAAGGAUUUGACACUUAAAGAAGCUGAAACAAUUGCUCUUUCCAUCCUUAAGCAAGUUAUGGAAGAAAAGGUAACACCAAACAACGUUGAUAUUGCAAAGGUCGCUCCGGCUUACCAUCUGUAUAGCCCUUCUGAGGUGGAGGCUGUCAUCAGUCGCCUAUAAAAAGAGUACUCUGUCAAGAAGUUUUGUGCUUUGAUUUGGAGUCCCAUAAUUGCUAUGCCUGCGUGCAUUUUGUAUUAGAUUGAUCGGAUUAUAUUUUCCAUUAGCUCAGGUAUUUCAACCAGUAAUUUUUUUUAUGCCAGACUUAAAUCAUGUCACUUCAGUUAAAUUGAUCCAUGGAUUUUUUUUGCAUGAAUGAAUUUGAAACUUGAAGUUAGAUCCUUUGAACUGUUUGAU